AGUAAUUGCGAGCGAAGUUAUUUGUGUUGCCAUUAGGUCGAGCCCGCGUGUUAUACUAUUAGGGCGCAAAUACCUUCGUCGGCGGUCGGUGGCUCGGUGCGGCGCCAUAUCUUAACCAAGUAUCGUUACAAUAAUAAUUUGUCAAAAUGUCAGCUGCGGUAGUCACUCCUACGGAAGUAAAAGUAAAAGAAAAGUUUCCUCCUACAUUAGAAAAAAACAAUGGAAUAAUCAACAGUGAAGACAGGUCAGCAUCUGACAGUAAGAAGAAGAAGAAAAAUAAGAAGAAGACUGAUGGUGGACAAGGCUCGGUGAAUGUUCCUGAUGGGGAGAAUGACAUUGACCAGAUCCUGAAGGAGAUCAACAGUGUGUCUGUGAGCAAGAAGUCAUCUUCUGCCAAGUCUAAGCAGAAUGCAGCCAAUAAGAGUAAAGACUCAGCACCAGCAAACCCCGUGACUGCAACUGCUGUGGUGGCUGAGGGCCCACCAAAAAAGAAGAAGGCCAACAAGAAUGAGAAGCUUGUUCAGACAGAUCCUCCCUCUGUUCCUAUAGUUGAUCUCUUCCCUGCUGGAAAUUUCCCUGUGGGAGAAACCUGCGAAUAUGUGGACUACAACACAGAUGAUCGCACAGCAAGCAAUCGCAUGACCAACCCUGAGAAAAAAGCUCUUGAGAUCUCGUAUGAUGACAUGUAUCGUGACAUCAGGAUUGGGGCUGAAGUUCACAGAACUACCAGGCAGUACUUUCAGAAGUGGGUGAAGGCAGGCACGUCUUGCAUGGACAUCUGUGACACAAUCGAGAAUAUGAACCGCAAACUCAUCAAGGAGAAUGGCCUCUCUGCUGGUCUUGCCUUCCCCACAGGUUGUUCUCUGAACCACUGCGCGGCGCACUACACUCCCAAUGCUGGUGACAAGACAGUCGUUGAAUACUCGGACGUCUGCAAGAUUGACUUUGGUGUGCACGUGAACGGUCGCGUCAUUGACUGUGCUUUCACUCUCACCUUCGACAACAAGUACGACAAGUUGGUCGAGGCUGUGCGGGCAGCCACCAACACGGGCAUCAAAGAGGCUGGCAUUGAUGCUAGACUCAAUGAAAUAGGAGCAGCUAUUCAGGAGACCAUGGAAAGUUAUGAACUCGAACUCGACGGCAAGCUGUAUCCCAUCAAGCCCAUCCGGAACCUCAAUGGUCACUCCAUUGCUCCUUACCAAAUCCACGCGGGCAAGACUGUGCCCAUCGUGAAAGGCGGAGAGCGGGUGCUCAUGGAAGAGAAUGAAGUGUACGCCAUCGAAACCUUCGGCUCCACGGGCAAGGGCAUCGUUAAAGACGACAUGGAAUGCUCCCACUACAUGAAGAACUUCGACGUUGGUCACGUGCCGCUCAGGUUGGCGAAGUCAAAGCAGCUGUUGUCCGUGAUCAACAAGAACUUCGGCACCCUAGCCUUCUGCCGCCGCUGGGUGGACCGCGUCGGGGAGACCAAGUACCUUCUGGCCCUCAAGGACCUCUGUGACAAGGGUCUUGUGGAGGCCUACCCUCCUCUCUGCGACACCAAGGGCUGCUACACCGCUCAGUUCGAACACACUAUUGUGCUGCGUCCCACCUGCAAGGAGGUUGUCACCAGGGGCUCUGAUUAUUAAAACACUAUUUCUUAUGAGAUCGCGAACGAUUUGUCGUAAAUUAGGACGACGCUAAACAACCAUAGUCACCAUCUCAUCAAUUUCAUUCUCAGCCAGGUUGCAUUUGACUAUUAACCCAAUAAUACCUUGAGCAACCGGUUGCACACGACUCCUCAUUACAAGUUAUUCUCAUAACUUGCGCUGCGAUGUAAAAUAAUUAAUGUAAAUUUGAAAGCGAUUCUCCGAUCUUUUGAAAUUGAAUGUCUUGAACUUGAACUACGCAUGAAUGCGGUUGUUGACUUUUACUCUACAAGCUGAACUAAAGCUAAAGUUUAGCGCGGCUAAACUUUUUAGUUACGGUAUUAUACCUCUGAGUAACUAGCACAGACUUGUUAUAUGCAUAAUUUGCUAGCUGGAUUUAGUUUGAAAUUACCAUGUAUAAAUAAAGGUUAAUGUGACCUUACCAUGAAAUGUAGAUGGUAACCUCAAUCUUAAUCUGACUUCUGUCUCCCUGCAUGUAUUUAUUAAGAGUUUUGAGCUAUAUGUGUUUCGAAAGAAAUUAAAUUUAUUAACUCGAAGAAGUCGUGUAAGGGUUACAGUUUUCGAUGAAAGAUAGCACCGUUAUCACAAAGUCUCUAACGAGGGUUGACUUUCUUCUUUUAUUUCUAACGUGUGAGGCAUCAACAGGCUGCUGCUAAUCUCUGGACCGAUUUGUGCUAAUAGAAGUUUGAAUAAUUGACGCUUUUAUUUAGACUUGAUCAUUUUUUUCGCCUACGCGGCUAUUUAAUGCGAAUAGCAUGGAAGAGGAUUCAGGUAUCUGUAGACAAUGUUGAUACUACUUUGAACUUAUUAUUGCCUUACUUGACUUUUCUGAUGAUAUGGCCCUCUGUAUUGCUUCACCCUACUAGUUUAGUGCGACUUGAUUAAAUGAAAUUGAUUUGUCUCUAACAUGGGUUCAUGAUUGACUUUCACAGCAAGAUAUACAUUAAUAAAUGGCCAUUGUAUCGUGUGCAUAUCACACCUUGCUUUUAAAGCGCUGACGAUGUAUCCUUGAUACCAGUAUUUGUAUUUUGUGCGAGUUUGUUGUGUUGCCUAUUAACCGAGACGAGGGCUACCCAAUUCUCUAUAUUUGUGAUUCGUAUGAUAAAAUAAGACGCAUAAUGAACGCCAUCGCAUCUGUACAAUGUGACAAUAUUUCGUAAACUAUCAUCUCAGAAGCAAUUGGAAAAUCUUCCAAUUCUUGCUGUUAGAGCUGGACAUUUUAAUGCACGUAUUCUUAUGGAUUGUUUGUUGAUACGAAUUUAGCCCAAUCUAUUGUGACGUGGGAACUUGGUAAAAUUUUUGUCUAAUGACACUUGAGUCGCUACGCUGCAGAAACUGUACUAGACUCACUGUUUGUUAAUUGAAACUGCCUAACACUGGUCGUAUAAAGUUUGAUAUGCACCAUUAUCACGUAACCAUUUUGAAGUUUGUAGAUGUACGAAGAUUCGAAUUUUUUUUAAUCAUGUUUUGCAAUAGAUGAUGCUAUUGGAGUCCGACUUUAUAUUACUAUUAUUAGUACUUGCAUAUUAGUAGCACUUGGGCGACUGAAAUGUCAAUGCAGAGCUGCUGCGUUAUCAACUGUACAGACUACGACAGAAUUUGUGUAACUGCUCAGUAACUCACGAGUUCUAAUCAUAAAACGUGCUAGAAUUGAAUAACAAACGCCCUGUCUUCGAUCUAUGAAUUCUCUUUACAAUAAAGGCGUGUGCUGCUUCAUG